CCAAAAUUCCUCCCUCCUCAUAAUUUCUCAUAUAAUCCAAUUUAUCUGCUCCAAAAGAUCUCCCCCUGUUUUUAUUUCUCUUGCCCAUUUCUGUUCUCUCACUCUGUUUCUUCCUCUGUUUUCAAGAACUCCGCAUUCGGACCAUCGUUCCACGGCUUUUCUUUGCUGCAUGCUGGGACGAGGAUGGCUCAGUUGAUGUCUUCCGUGUGCACGGACGCGCUCAAAUUCCAUAACCCAGUUCUCAGCCUGUGCUCGCGAGGUCCAUGCAGAGUGUCCGCCAAGGCCGGCGCAUGGAAUCCGCCGGGGUGCGGCGCGCGGAGAAGGGCCUGCGGGCGAGUCAAAGUGGCCACCGACGACUCGGCUUCGCUGUACUCGGUGGCUGAUGACUAUUACGCGGUUCUGGGUCUGCUUCCAGAUGCCACACCGGCGCAGAUUAAGAAAGCCUACUAUAAUUGCAUGAAGGAGUGCCAUCCAGAUUUGAGCGGCAAUGAUCCUGAGACCAACAAUUUUUGCAUGUUCAUUAAUGACGUUUAUGCGGUGCUCAGUGACCCUGUGCAACGUAUGGUUUAUGAUGAAAUACAUGGUUAUGCAUUAACUGCACUCAACCCGUUCUUGGAUGACUCAUGCCCAAAGGAUCAUACUUUUGUUGAUGAGUUUAGCUGCAUAGGUUGUAAAAACUGUGCCAAUGUAGCACCUGAUGUAUUUGCGAUUGAAGAAGACUUUGGAAGAGCUAGAGUAUACAGCCAGUGUGGUAAGCCUGAAUUAGUUCAGCAGGCAAUUGAUAGUUGUCCGGUUAAUUGCAUCCAUUGGACUUCUGCUGCACAAUUGUCUCUUCUUGAAGAUGAAAUGCGCAGGGUAGAGAGAGUUAAUGUUGCAAUGAUGCUUUCAGGAAUGGGAUCUGGGUCUGUGGAUGUCUUUAGAGUGGCGAGUUCUCGAUGGGAAAAGAGGCAGGCAAAAGUCUUGGAAAAAGCUAAAAUUAGAAUGAUGCAGCAAAAAGAUUCUGGGAAAUCCAAUUCAUACUGGAGUGAUCUCUGGGGCAAACCAAAGGAGUACAGAGACUCUGAGGAGGAAAUCAACAAGAGAGCGAGGCGCGCAGCUGCUGCAGCUCGAAGAUGGAGAGAAUAUUCGAGUAGGGGGGCCGACAAGCCUCCUACCUUCAAGCUACCCGAGGCUGCAUCCAACACAGAAAAUACUCCGUAAAUUUUUCAGACAGUUUCCCAUUCAUAAAAUUUCAGUGCAAGUAUAAGCUACAGUCAAUUUAUAGGAAGCUAAAGCUAUAUAUGGAGUCCUCUUCCUCUGUAAUUAUAUAAUUCAUGUGGAUCUCCCGAAUUGUAAGUGAUAAUGAAUUCAUGAUGGGAAAGAUAUAUACAGGUGAUAUUUACAUUAAAA